UGUAAAUGUAACUUGUUCAAAUAAAUAAAUUCGCAUGGAUUCGUAAUAUACACCAGAUAUACUAAACAAAGUUUCAUUUUUAUUCAAAUAUUUAGUUCGUGUGAUUAAGGAUGUAAAAUUUAGAGUCAACGUAUUUUACUACAGAAGAACGAAAAAAAUUAACCUGUGGGAAAAUAUGGAUCGUCAUGUGAGAUCGGUGUUAAUGAGGUUUAUUGAAAAAGUGCCGCAGGAAGAAACUGCAAUUGAUUUUCACCUCAAAGAACAAAUUAGUCGGGCGAUUCAGUCAUAUGCAUUAGCAAACUUAAAACAGAAAAACCAAAUUGUGAAGAAAGAUGACAACAUAUUGUUACAUCAAGCAACAGGAAAAUUGGAAAAUUUGUUAACAGAAGAAAAAGGAUACGAACGCACCAAAAUGACAACGAAAGAAAUGAAGCAAUAUCUGCUGGGACUGGAAAAAGUUAUUAAAAAAACUAAGUCAGAAGAAUAUGCAGCAGUUAUGGCGAGGGCCCUAAAUUAUGCCAAAAUCAUAGACAAAAUUCUGCAUUUAAAAGAUCGAAAUCACAUAGCGACCUUCUUUCUACGAUUAUAUGUACGCGUUCCACCAACGAGAAUUUCAAAAGUUAUCGAUGAUUCGUUGACUAAACUUGAGGGCGUCCAUGAUGACUUAGGCAGAUUUAGUAUUAAGAAUUUUAAUCAGUUGGCUAUGCAAAACAUGAAAAAUAAACUGGCCGAAGUUAUAAAAGUGGUGGACGCUAUAAAGCAAACCUGUAACAAAAUAGUGAAAAACAUAGAGGAAAAGACUAUUGGAGAAAAUCCCGAACACCUUUCUAACACUGAAAUUGAAAAACACCACACACCAGUACCUAGUCUACAACACCAUGUUGCGGAAGACACGCGCAAAUCAGACAAAGAAAAGUUGUUUCGUUCGAGAAAUCGUCCUAUUAAAAGCAACACGACACAGAAAAGAGGCGAAGAAAUCAUUACCAGAACCAACACAACACCGAAAAUAAUUGAACAAUUCACCGCCAAAAGCAACACGACACAGAAAAAAGGCGAAGAAAACAUUACUAGAAGCAACACAACACAGAAAAAAAGCGAAGAAGUCACCAGUAGAAGCAACACAACACAGAAACGAACUGAACAACUCACCACCAAAAGCAACACAACACAAAAAAGAAACGAUAAACUUAACCAGAACACUGACUCUAUUUCAGAAAAUUUGAGGCAAGCGAAUGAAAUUGACACUCUUUUGUACAGAACAGGGAACAAAAUAUCUGAAAUUGUAAAGGCAAAUGAAGACUUCCUCAAAAAGAAAACCAAAUUAGAAUUAGAACUGCAACGUUUAAAGGAAAUUAGCUGUGUUAAUAACACCACCAAAGUAAAAGUGAGUCGGGUUGUAAACCAAACAUCGGGAUUUAUUUUGGUAGAAGGUAUGCAUCAUUUGAGAGAGAAGUUGGAAGUGAUAGAGGACUAUAAAAGUUAUGCACGACAGUUUGCUUAUCCGAAGCGAAUUAAAAUGUACGAUGUCAAAAAGAACGAAAUAACUUCGGUAGGUAAGGGUCUGAAGUACUUGGCGGAAGAAAAUUUUCUCUUUAACACAAGAAUAAAACUGAUGGAACAACGAGUUCAACAAGCUUUAGUCCUGUUGGAACAGAGAGCUACUAAAAACGACCGAACUAUUUCUGAACUAGAAUAUCUAAACACAAUAAGGCAAGAAAUUUUAGACACAGAAAAAAGCAGAGCCAUACAAUUUUAUAAGUUUAAUGAAUUUCGAAAGCAAAUUCAAACGAUAGACGAUUCCAGUUUUAGAGUAGUUCAGAAGAAACGGGAAGUUUUGCAAGAACUACACGAUUUUGAAUUACGAAUUUAUAGAAAUUAUUACCCAAAAAUUGCAUCUGCUGUAGAAGAACAUCUACGGGCUUACGAAUCGUUGAUAGAGCAAAUCAAUAGUUUAAAUAAAAGCGAAAAAUAUCUGACAAGUCAAGCAAUUACGGAUGGCCGAAUGGCAAUGAUGUCACUGAUAAAAAGCAAGAUUGACCUGCAAAGCGUUAAAGGUUUUCAACAAAUAUUUGGAAUUUUUUUUAACCAAAUGGACCAACUGUCACAACGAAGACAGACCCUUCAUACAUUAUUCUCAGAAAUGCAAACUAUUAACAACGAUCUACAAGAACUGUCAAGAGCAAAUGUUUCAAACACAGAAAAAACCAGAACCUUGAAUGAGUUUGAAGAAAGAGUAAAAUCGUUCAAGGUCCACACUUCAAGGACAGAUGUGUAUGAAAAAGUUCUACAACUUCAACUAAACAUAAGAGCUGAAAGAGCGAAAAUCGAAUUAAAUGAACACCUUAACUUAAGGGUUAAUAAACUUAAAACAAGCAUUAAAACUAUAAAUCUUUUCAGUGCUAGUAGUGAAUCGUUUAUGACAAUGUUCGAAGAGAUUCUUACUUUAAAAGAACGCAUUGACGAUAUGCCUAAGGGAAACAGAGAUCUGGAAAUUCAGAAGAAAACGACGUUGGAACAGUUGUUCUCCUUGUUGGGCACCGUCGAUCAAGAUUUGGCAGAAGCUGCGUUUUCAAAGAGACAAUUCGAGAAUGUUAUAAAUGUGGAAAGUUACUUCAACAAAUUUGAAUUUGACAACGUGUCUAAUAAGGAGAGUGUGCCGUUCGUUCGUAACAUUUGUUCCCAUGCAAGAACAUUUGAAGAUAUUAUCGACUGUUAUUUUGGCAGCAGAGAAUCUGUCGAUUAUUACAUAAUUCACGAAAACUUGUCGCGUUGUUUGGAUGAACUAGAUCAGUUGUUAUGUGACGAUGAUAUCCUUUUGGCCGAAACUGUAAAAGCGAUGAAUUAUAUUAAAAAACUAAAGUCGCAGUUGCUUAAUAAUGCCUACUGCUCUGAUUGAAGUAGAAAUUUUGUUGUAAAUAUGAGUAUGUUGUAAGACCGAUUAGUUUAAGUUGUUGCCCAUUCGGAAUACACUUUAUUAAUACUCUAAUAUUGAUUAAAAGCAUAUUAGGAAUGA